CAGGAUUUUGAGAGGUCAACACUGAUCACAAAGGUGCCCUGAAAAGAACAAUAUUAAAACAAUCAGUUGUACUUAAGACUGUCAUUCAGCUGCGUAUGAGAUAUUCCAGCCUGUUGUAUUGAAAGCAAUGAUUAAUGAGUUGAUCAGAGAGGGAACAGGCCUAUUGACAAACCAGAAUCAUGCUGAGAUUUAUUAGGGAAACGUCUUUACUGCUUUGGUUCCCUCAGGCUGGAACAGUCAACACCGUCCCAUCACAGUGCCACAUAAGGUCUAAACACACAAAUUCACAAUGUGGAAGCUAAAGCAUCUUAAUACAAUAAUCAAAAUCCUAUUAUUCAUGUCAAAUGUACUAUUCAUCAGCUUUUCUUUUAUGCCGAUUGAAAUUCACAAAGAAAAAAGCCUGUUCUAAACAUGGUGUCAACUUGUGUGGGAAAUAUGGUGGAAUUUUACCUUUUAACUUUAAGCCUACAUGUUUAAUUGAGUCUUCAAUUAGCAGGGUGUUGAAAAUCUGGCCCUAUGAAUAAUAAAAACAGAUUGUCUCUGUCCUCAUCUGUCCACACCCAGAAACAGUGAACUGUUCAGGGGGUUAUUAAUGUGCAAAAUGUUAAUCCAAAUAAGGCUUCGGGCUACAAGUCACAAUAAGACCUUUGCUUCCUCCGAAAGAAUCGCGCUCACGUGCUCAUUGUUCUUGUGGCCCAAUGCAAGUCUUGUGCUGUCUCAGGCCUGCGAACUUUCUUUGCCUGGCUGCACAGACGGAGAGACACUAUCCGACACCAAGGCCCCCCAAGUCUAUGGGGUCAGAGUUCAGCUUGAGAUGCAGGCACUGUGGCGACAGUUUGACCAGCUGGGCACAGAAAUGAUUGUUACAAAAUCUGGAAGGAGGAUGUUUCCAACAUUUCAGGUGAGAAUAUCUGGGAUGGAUCCUUCAGCUGAGUAUGUUCUGCUCAUGGACUUCAUCCCUGUCGAUCACAAGAGAUACAGAUAUGCAUUCCACAGCUCCUCAUGGUUGGUAGCAGGGCAAGCAGAUGUCGCUGCCCCGAGCAGGAUCCAUUUCCACCCAGAUUCACCUGCCCCUGGAGCCCAGUGGAUGAAGCAGACAGUGUCCUUCGACACUCUCAAACUCACCAACAAUCUGCUAGAUGACAAUGGACACAUGAUUCUGAACUCCAUGCAACGCUACCAGCCACGCUUCCAUGUCGUGUAUGUGGACCCAGCGCCAAACAGUCAUUUCAAUGCCUACAAGAACUUUUGCUCUUUCUCCUUCCCUGAGACACGGUUCAUGGCCGUCACCGCCUAUCAGAACCACAGGAUUACUCAGUUGAAAAUUGCAAGCAAUCCAUUUGCUAAAGGCUUCAGGACCACAGAACCGCAGGUGUGGGAGGGUACUGCAAGCUCCCUUGCAGGAUCCUGUCCACCAGAUGGCAGCACAGAGGCCCUCUCCCCCGAACCUAGAGAGCAGGGAACUCGUCCAAAGUCUUCAACCAGACAAAGAAGUUCAUCUUCUGUGCUGCAGCAGGAGCUGCCACACCAUAAGGAGACCUCUGUGGAACCCACCAUGGAGAGCAAAGAUGAGAAUGGCUUAAUGACUCCCGCACAUUUCCUCCAUAUCCCUGUGUACUGGGACUUUGCUGGAUCAUCUCAUUAGAAGGUCUACCUGUCACAGAGCAAGCGAAUAAAGCCAAGUGUUCCAGAUAGA